GUAAUGAGUAGAAGACCAAGAAGAGGAUAAUAAGAAGAAGAAAAAAAGAGAGGUUCAGAUGAGGAGGCUUAGGAGGAUUAAGUGGGUGUAUAAUCUUCAGAAGGAACUCCAGAUGAAGAAGAUUCAGGAGAGGAAUUGAUUAAUGAUAACAUGAUAAAUGACUACAAACCUAUACCUGAAUUAGAUAGAUAUGAAUCAGAGGGAAUAGAUGAUGAAGAGAUGCAUGGAGAUAUGGAUUUUGAAUAACGUAGAAGAGCAGAGGAAGAAAUUGAAAGGAGGAGAAGAAUAAAUAUGGCAGAUAGAAGAAUUCCUAGAGCUGCUUAAGAUUUGAGUGAUUCUGAAGAUGAUGAUUUAGAUUAAUUUGGAGAAAGAGUUUAUAUAGAAGAUCCUUUUGAAGAGGAGGAUACAGAUGUAGUUGAAGAAGAGAGAUAUUUAAAUAUUGAAGAAUGCAGAGGUAAAUUGAAUGAGUGGAUAAAAGAUGAUAGAACAAGUAUUAUAUAUAUAUAUAUAUUUUUUAGAGGCUUGGAUUAAGAGAGCUUUUAGAAAAAUUUUGAAUGAAUGUAAAAGAGGAUCUGAUUAAGAACCAAUCUAUAUUUAAUUAAUUAAGGAAAUGUGUAAGGCGAAUAAAUAAUCACUUGAAGUUUUGUAUCCUGAUUUAGUGAGUGCUAAUGCUACUAUUGCAUUAUGGGUAGCAGAAGAACCAAAGAUUAUUUUACCUCAUUUAAAUGAAGCUGCAAGAAUUGAAGUUAAUAAGCGAUUUAAUCAUUAUCAUAAUAUUCAUCAAGAAAUCUUUGUACGAAUUACAAAUCUUCCAGUGGUAGAUAUUAUUAGAGAUUUACGAUAUAAACAUUUGGAUAAAUUUAUUCGUGUUAUUGGAGUUGUUACUAGAAGAAGUGCUGUCUAUUCUUAAUUGAAAGAAAUUACAUAUGUUUGUGUUAAGUGUGGAAUGAAAAAAGGACCAUUUUAUUUGGAAAAUAAUGAUAGUAUUUAAUUAGGUGUUUGCAUUUAAUGUCAAAGUAGUGGUCCAUUUGAAAAAUUAUAUAAUCAAUUAGUGUAUAGAAACUUUUAAAGAUUAACACUUUAAGAAUCUCCAGGUUAAGUACCAGCAGGAAGAGUACCUAGAUAAAAAGAAGUAAUUGUUUUGGGAGAUUAAAUUGAUAUUGCAAGACCUGGUGAUGAAAUUGAAGUCACAGGAGUUUAUACUUAAAGAUAUGAUUAUGCUCUUAAUGUAAAACAUGGAUUCCCUUUAUAUUCUACAAUCAUUGAAAGUAAUUACAUAAGAAGAAAAGAUGAAAGUGAAUCAUUAAAUAUAGAUAAGAAAAUUAAAGAUGAAAUCAUAAAAUUGUCAUAAAAUCCUAAAAUUGAUAAAUUAAUAUAUAACUCUGUUGCUCCAUCAAUUUAUGGUCAUCAACAUGUUAAAAUGGCUAUUGCCUUAGCUAUGUUUGGAGGAGAAGCAAAAGAUAUAUAAGGAAAACAUAGAAUCAGAGGAGAUAUUAAUGUUUUAGUAUUAGGAGAUCCUGGUACUGCUAAAUCUUAAUUUUUGAAGAAUGUAUAAAAGACAUUCUAUAGAUCAAUAUAUACAACAGGUAAAGGUGCCUCUGCUGUUGGUCUAACUGCUUCUGUCUAAAGAGAUUAUUCAACAAAUGAAUGGAGUAUUUCUGGAGGAGCUUUAGUGUUGGCUGAUAAAGGAAUCUGUUUAAUUGAUGAAUUUGAUAAAAUGAAUGAACAUGAUCGAACAUCUAUACAUGAAGCAAUGGAAUAAUAAAGUAUCUCUAUCUCAAAAGCUGGUAUUGUUACUACUCUCUAAGCCAGAUGUAGUGUUAUUGCAGCAGCAAAUCCAGUAGGUGGUAAAUAUGAUUCUUAGUAAUCUUUUCAUGAUAAUGUUGAUUUAACUGAUCCAAUUUUGAGUAGAUUUGAUAUUUUAUGUGUUGUAAAAGAUGAAGUAAUUAAAGAGGCAGAUGAUAGAUUAGCUUCAUUUGUGAUCAAUAGUCAUAUUAGACAUCAUCCUAUGGCUGCAUAUGAAUUAAAUAAUGAUCCUGAUUCAGAAUGGAGUCAAUAAAUAAAAGGAUAUUUUGUAAAGGAGAACAAAUAGACAUAAGAAGAAGUAAUUCCAUUAGAAUUAUUAAAAAAAUAUAUCUUGUAUGCUCGUACACACAUUAGACCAAAAUUAUAAAAUGUGGAUCAUGAAAAGAUAUCCAAAUUUUAUUAUUUAUUGAGAAAAGAAUCAGAAGUAUGUGGUGGUAUUAAUAUUGCUAUCAGACAUUUAGAAAGUAUCAUAAGAAUGGCUGAAGGUAAUUUAUAAUUUAAUAUUCAAUAGCUCAUGCUAGAUUACAUUUAAGAAAUAAUGUGAUGGAUUUUGAUAUUUCUGUUGCUAUUAAAGUAAUGUUAGAGAGUUUUCUUUAAUCUCAAAAAUACUCUGUGGCCAGAUAAUUAAGACGUAAAUUUAGUGAUUAUUUAACAUUUAAUGAAGAUUCCUUUGAUCUUCUAUUAAAUAUGUUAAAUAAAUUGUAUAGAUAAUAGGUAUUUCUUAUUUUAAUAUUCAUUAUAGAAAGACUAUUACUAAAAUAUUAAAAAUUAUAAUGGUGACAUCAGAGUUCCAGUAUAAGUAUUAGAAAAAGAAGCAAAAACAAAUGGAGUUUACUUUAAUUCUGAUUUCUAUGAUUCUUCAAAAUUUUUGGAAGCAUACAAAAGAAUUUAAGACUACAUUACAUUAAAAUGA